CAUCCUGCUGGAGCUGCCGAGCGUCAGCGAAGAAUAACACCUAAAGAAGAAGGCAGCUUGGCGAGUUUAGAAGAAGUUAUGUCCGGCUGUCCGGUGGACAGGGAGAAACGUUUUCUAAGGAUGGACGUUAUUCUUCUGCUUCCGGAACAGGAGUGGUAGAGAAUGUCUACGACCCGGCGCUGCUGACACAUCUACGACGAAGGGUUGGAUUCUCCCUGUAGCUAGCAGCAGCUACCUGGCUAGGAGGCUAAACAAGUUACUAGCUUAUUUGAGCUAGUAAUGUCUCAAGCGUUGCCACCAUCUGACAUGCUGGAAACACCACCUGGGUAUCCGUUUGAAGAAAUCAACUAUGAGGACAUUGAAGUUGAAGAGGUGGUGGGGAGAGGAGCCUUUGGAGUGGUCUGCAAAGCCAAGUGGAAAGGCAAUGAUGUUGCCAUCAAGACCAUCGAGAGCGAAUCAGAGAGAAAAGCUUUUAUAGUUGAGCAGUCACAGCGAGGAGACACUCGGCCUCGUGUGUUCGGUCCUUUGUUGGUUCCACAUGUUUGCCACUGCACUGAACACCUACCCAACCCAAUUUGCUGCCUGGUUGUGGUUUUGUUGUCCAUUGUGUUGGUUUGUGACUGUGUUCUCUUGUUCACAGUGCUGCAUGGUGCCGAACCCCUCCCCUAUUACACUGCUUCCCAUGCCAUGAGCUGGUGUUUUCAGUGUGCCCAGGGCGUGGCCUAUCUCCAUGGCAUGAAACCAAAGGCUCUCAUUCACAGGGACCUCAAACCACCUAAUCUGCUCCUGGUGGCAGGUGGGACGGUGCUGAAGAUAUGCGACUUUGGAACAGCUUGUGAUAUUCAGACCCACAUGACCAACAACAAAGGAAGCGCAGCCUGGAUGGCCCCCGAGGUAUUUGAAGGCAGCAAUUAUAGCGAGAAGUGUGAUGUUUUCAGCUGGGGGAUCAUUCUCUGGGAAGUCAUCACUCGCAGGAAGCCCUUUGAUGAAAUCGGUGGACCGGCUUUCCGGAUCAUGUGGGCCGUUCACAACGGUACAAGACCGCCACUAAUUAAGAAUUUGCCUAAACCCAUUGAAAGCCUGAUGACACGCUGCUGGUCCAAAGACCCGUCUCAGCGGCCCUCCAUGGAGGAGAUAGUCAAGAUUAUGACUCACCUAAUGAAGUACUUCCCGGGAUCAGAUGAGCCUCUGCAGUAUCCAUACCAGUAUUCAGACGAGGCACCCAGCAACUCUGACAGAGGCUCAUACAUGGACUAUAGUGGCAGAAGCAACAGAAGUGAUGGAAAUAUGUCGCACAGUGAUUCUCAAGGAAGCAACGACACAAUCAAGAUCCCACCUCAGUUUGCUCCUCAUUUCAAACCAAAGGUUGAACCGUUGAGGCCUUGGCCUUUAUCCAGAGGGGGGAGCGUUGAGAGCCUUCCAGCUAGGAUUCAGUGCUUUCAAACCCCCGACAGCAAACGAAUGAGCGCCGACCUGUCUGAGCUGGAUCCCACAAUGCAGUUUGCACCCACAGCACGCACCCCGUAUAAACGAGGCCAUCGCAAAACCGCGUCAUUCGGGACCAUUUUGGAUGUCCCCAAGAUCGUCGUGACAGGCGCCUGCGAUCCUCAGAGGCGGCGGUCUGUCCAGGAUCUAUCAGACGUCGGCACAGAGUCCGGUCAGUCUGAAACCCAGGAGAAGCACAGCUGGGCCAUUGGUUUGGAUGCUGCUGGAUCAAUGACCAGCUUCCAGUCAAUCCUCCGCGAGCGCAGCCCGUUUUCCUCCGCUGCUGGAGGACUCCCUGCGCCGCAGAUCCAGGAUCAGCUCCGCCGGACAGCAGAUGCUGAUCACCGACCCUGCAGCGUCAUUAAACCCCCCCUCAGUCAGGAAACCUGGAAGUUCACCAUCACACUCAUUCACUAG